UCCGCGAGGGCCUGAGGCUCGCUUAGCCGCGCUGCUUCGGUAGCGUCUACGCCAGACGGCCAGCUACACUCGAGAACACUCACACAGGUAUACCAUACCAGCUCGCGCUCAAGUUAUAAGUACAAAGCGCGGUGAGCUUGGGUAGGUUGAAAAGAGGUCCUCCAAGCCACCAGCUGCGCCGUUUGCUUCCGUGGCUAUCUAUUGGCUCACUCAACGGUGCUUGUUUUCAGCUGCGCAGUUCCCCUCAUGAGGCUGAAGCCUAGAACACUGUUGGGAUAUCAUCUCGCUGUUUGCGCACUUUUGCAAAUGCUUCCUUUUACCUCGCAACAACCAGUGCCCAGGCGGUAUCUCAUCCUGCGUCUUCGAUAUGAACAAUUCACACACCAACUUUACGCAAUACCAUACCUGGAAAGCCGAGCCUUUAACUCGGGGAACCUUUUCAAUCCUAUACACAUGUGUCCUUACUCUGGUCCUAUGUGUCUGGACGGCGAUCCACUUGAACAUUCCAGAAUACGGCAAAGCAGCGGAUCAAUUCUGGAGGAAAACAGGCUGGGUCAUCAUAGCUCUGUUCGCACCGGAAAUGGUCGUUGUAACAGCAUAUUGCCAGUACAAGGAGGCUACGAAACUCGGCAUAUACAUGCGCGACCAGCUGGGCCAAGAGCCUCCUCCCAAGGUCCUCAACAGACUACGUAAGAAAUUACGAAACGUUGCUCGGCAUCUUUUCUCAAAGGAACGGCAGCACGAACCUAUUUCGGAAAGCAAACGACCUCCGCAUGCUUGGACUGAUACACAUUCAUUGUUUGCCAUUAUGGGUGGAUUUGUAAUUGAUCUCGGCGACAAAGAUAUACGUAUAUCUGACCACGCAACCAGGCUGGCCCUCUCAGUCCACAGCAUCAAGUUCAUUGCAAAGUACGCACCUGAAACCUUUUCAAGGAUAUCUCAAUCCGCCAUUCAAGACAAGAGCAAAGCAAAUACCGUGGUGAAAUUCUUGGCCUGCUUCCAAGCUUCUUGGUUCUGCGCCCAAUGCAUUAAUCGAGCCGCAGGGGGGUUGUCAGUUUCGCUCCUGGAAUUGAAUACAGCGGUACAUACUGUAUGCGCUCUGACCCUGUACCUGUUUCUAUGGUGGGACAAGCCGCUGGACGUAGAAGAGGGUAUCGUUCUUCAAGGUGAGGACCUUGACCGUCUAGCGGCUUUCCUGGCGAUGGCGAAUCGAUUUCCCCAUGCCCGCUUGCGAGUUGCAAAACCCAGCCGUCACAGUGGUAUUAAUGCGGGGCUGAGUCAAGACCAGAUAUCAACAAUCUCUCUUGAUAGUCCUCAAGAUACUUCUUUAGCUGGUAUGACACUGGAGCACUUCGGCGAAUUUGACAUGCUUGCCUACCAUAGCAGACAGGACAUCGGGGUUUCGGAACUAUGUCUUACCCUCGCAUUCGAAGCAGCCAACAAAUUCGAAUUCUCUGGAGUACAUAAAGAAAUCAAACCAAAGCUAUACGACAUUCUCAACAACUGCCAAGUGGGUUUUCAAGGUUACAGCCGUAUCAUCUAUCUGAAUAGAGUACAAAAUCGGCCUACUUGGGAGCAGCUCGGACCCAAGAAAGUUCACGGAGAAGUUCACCAGAUGGAAUCUGAACGCAACAUCUUGACAAGCGUUCUAACUUACAGCUCUAUCUUGGCAAGUCUGUUCUACGGUGGGGCUCAUCUGCUGGCGUGGGACCGCGCGUUUCGAACACCCACUGAACAGAUACUUUGGAGGAUAUCGGGAAUAACAAUUGGUGUGUUCGGCUUUGUUUCCAUGGUCGGAGCGUCUCUCGUAAGCACGAUGGAGGCUCGAUGGUAUUCGAUCACAGAUGAGCUUGGGCCGCGCAGGAGGGCGGGGCCUUUUGACAGACCGGAGGCGACUUCAGAGGACGACCACGACUGCCCUUCAAUAAGAGAACUGGAACUACGCCGCAAAAGACAAAGGAAAACCCACUUGAAGGAGUCUUUGGGCCGGGGAUUGUUUGUUGGAUUCGACGCAUUAAGUACACUGCUGCUCUGUUUGGCAUUGCUGUUUUACAUGUUGUGUCGGAUUUUCAUCAUUGUCGAAUGUUUCAUAGACCUUUUCCAUCUUCCGGACUCAGCAUUUAUCGUUCCAAUGUGGUCACUAUACUUUCCACAUUUGUCCUAGCAGCACUGGUCGAGCUCCAAACGGCGAAUGUAGCGCUUGUACACUACUCGCGUCAUCUUCACCUCCAGCAUUGUGUGUGUUUGGCAGUAGAGCAAGAAGACGGAGUUAGUACGUAGGAGUAUCAACGCGGUAUAUGUCAUCGCAUACUUAUUAGCAAUUUCAUGAAGCAGAUAGGCUAUGCAAAACACGUUCUUAUCAACAGCAAGAGUCAGGAUCGCGCCGUGAUUGAAUCAAU